AAAGACUUUAUCAUUUCCAUCCUUCCAUUUACCCAAUUCAAUUCUCAUUAUGGCUGAGGUAUUCAAUUUUACAGUCUUCACUCGGUUCCCUGGGUACAGGAUGGAUAUGCAUCAACCAGAAUCUAGGGAGUAUACCUAUCUUGCACAUGCUUCAAGACUUACCGUCGAUCUCCUCAAUACCGCAAAUGGCCGCCAGGCCCUCUUGGCUCUUGCGAUGGAAUUUGAUGCCGAGCACUAUCAAACCGCAUUAUUUAGAGGCGACCGGCGUCAGGCGCAAUAUUACGUUGAUCUGUUCCUUUCCAAAAUCUCCCAGACAUUUCCUGCUGUGCUGAUUGAUCAGACUGUGACCCAUCCUGACAAUCUGGGACAUCACCAAAGGGGCGAAUGGAGUGGUUCCUACGAGGAAUUCGACCCUCGCAUGCAGAUGAUCUCUCUCAAUGCCUCGAAAGUUUACGACAUGAUCAGGGCUGGCCAGACUGAAGAAAUGGCCCCCAUCUUUUGGAGAUUCCAGUUUCUUUUCGCCACUACAUUGGCCCACGAGGUUGGAGGGCAUCUGCUGGUUACAUUUCUUAGCCAUGGAAAAGCAUUGACCCCGAGGAGAAUUGGGGCCCCGGGAUAUUUCGACCUUGAAGGUCGAUUGGGAGAAGCAGGCCGCAAGUUCGAGAUAUGGCUAUUUGGAGGAACCUUGGAAUAUUACCAAGCCCAAAAUCAGAAUAUGCAUGAUACUGGGAUUCCGCACCUUGUCGAUUUGCGAGGGAGGAAAUUCAGAAUACAUGAUGGAUUCGAGUUGCCGAUGAGGAUAGCAGGGGAAACAACCAUUGCCACAAGGAGCAUGGGCCAUGGUAUUCCAUGUCCACAAUAUGAUCCUUCUGUGCGAUCCAUGACCGCCGGGCAAGCUUUGGAUAGAAGGAUGCAGCAUCUUCUCACUGGAUUCAAUGUUAGGCUGAGAGACAUUUAUAUGCUACCCAGAAAUCCUGGGAUACUCCUUGAAGGAUAUUGAUUGAAGUUGGGGGUAGAAGAAGGUACUACAUAUUCAAUUACAUUACAUAGC